AAUCUCACAGAGGAACAUCUACUGUCGAAAACAUCGCUUACCUGGGAGAACAAUUUGUAGAUCUGGGGAGAAGAGUGAGUUCUAUUAAUAACUCCAUAUUCCUCCUCGUCAAUCCGACCUUGUACAGCGCCGAAAGUGAGGAGCACCCUGGUUACUUAGGGGAAGGAUUCCGUGCUAUAAUUGUGACGGUGGUCAUUGAUUCAGGAAGAUGACGACGAUGAAUGUUCAGAUGAGUAAGCAGAAUUUGGGGGAGCCCUGGGGGUUCCGGCUCCAGGGGGGUCAGGACUUCAGACAGCAGCUCACCAUCAAAAAGGUACAACCCAACAGUCCGUGUGCCGGUCGUCUCUCUGCGGGCGACUCCGUGCUGGGUAUCAAUAACUACGAUACAAGGCAACUUACGCAUGCGCAGGCACAGAACAUGAUCCGACAGAGUGGAACUAACCUACAGCUCACAGUACUCAGAAACCAGAGUGGACUUGAAAGAAUAGAUUCCUUAAAGCCCAAAGGACCUGUGAAAUUUUCUCCUUGGAGACAACAGUAAGACAGGGUGUUAAGGUGCGUGUCAGCCCCCGUGUCUGGGAGGAGGUUAUGUAAGGUGUUAAACUGGUGUUGUGUACUGUGUAUACCAGCGCCAAAAUCGUGCCAAAAGGAUUACAUAGUGGUAUUUAAAACAUUGACUUGCCCAUGCAGUCAUGACGCGUUUAGUUUCAUUUUCCUUUUUUGUUUGAUUGAUUUUCUUAUUUUUCAUCUGCGCAAUUUUAUGUAUCAGUGUAUAACAGGUGACAACAUGAUAUGUUUUAAGAAAACAAAGGAUUAAGAAUGAUUUAUUUUAUUAGGGAAAGAAUAGGAGUUAUAAGUGAGAAAUGUGUUUUAUAACUAACAUAACUGAUGCUUAAGGCUGGGUACAGGCUCAAAAUUUUGUAUUGCGAUACACGGCAAUAUUUUUAAAACUCUAAAUUGUGAUAUGUGUUUUCAUUAAAAUUAAAAUGGUCUAUAUAAAUAUCUAAAAUAAAUAAUUGUUGAAUAAAUUAAGGUUGAGCAUCAAAAUGCACACAGACAAUAGCUUUUAGCUAACUAUUUGGCACAAUCGCAAAUAUUUUUUUAAGAAUCUUUAUAUUUUUUUUGUAAAAUGUAUAGAAAUCCUGAGUCCACGGGUUAUCCCGGUAUAUCGGUGAAACAAAAGCAUAUCGCAAUGCGCAAAUUUUGACAUCGGACCGCAUUAAAACACCAGAAUAUCAGUAAAACUACCCAGCCCUACAGUGUUUGCUUACGAUUUACAAUGUUUGUUUAUUUGUUUUGAUCAUAUUCAUGACGUCACUAGAGUUCUAGAGACACUGUCUUUAGUUAUUCAUGUUGGAUAUCACAGGCCGAUUAUGUGCAAUAUAAGAAAGGAUGUUAAUUUGUUCUGUAAUUCAUGUUUGUACAUAUUGAUGAUAUUUAUAGGAGAGUUUUUAUUAAUAAAAUGACGUAAGAAAAGA